AUGAAGCGCAAAUCAAUAAAUGAAAAUACAGGACCUCAGGGGUCAAGCGAAAGCACUGAGAAUUUGGGGGGUAAAGGGAAUAAAGGAAAAGGAAAUAAUAACGUUACCGACAUAUAUAAGAACAAAUUAAAAUUUAUGCGUGAUAAUAUUAUUUUGAUAAGUAUAAUAUUAUCAUUCUUUGUGUUAAUAUCUUUUAAAUAUUUAGAAGAAAAAUAUUCUAUUGAGUCAUAUUUAGAGGAAGGAGACAGUUUUGAUUAUUAUGAAAUAUUGAAAUGCAAAAAAGGUGAUAGUAUACAAAAAAUAAAAAAAAGUUAUCGUGAUCUAUCAAAAAUAUAUCAUCCUGAUAGUAAUAAAAAUUGUAAAGAUUGUGAUCAGAAAUUUCGAGAUAUAACAAAAGCUUAUAAAACUUUAUCUGAUUCUCGAUUAAAAGAAGCUUAUGAUAAUUCAAGAGGAAAAGUUUUAAAAUUAAUUGAAUCAAAUAGUAUAAAUUUAAAUUGGAAAAAUUAUACAGAUUUAGUUGAAAAUUCCAAUAAAUAUUGGAUAAUACAAGUUUAUUCAGAUACUGAUAGUUUAUCAUUAGGUUUUUCAAAAAUAUGGGAAGAAGCUUUUGAUAAAUAUCAUGAUUAUAUAUCAUUUGGUAGAAUAAAUUCAUUGACUGAUAAAAAAUUAAUAAAUAGUAAAGUCCCAUUUAAUGUCAAAAUAUAUCCAACCAUUUAUAUUUUAUCACCUGAUGGAGCAUAUCAAAUUUAUUCAAAUAUAUAUAAUGCUAAUAUUAAAGAUUUUCAAAAUUUUAUAACUAACUAUUACCCAAGUCAUAUACACAAUUUGAAAGACCUUAACAGAGCAUAUAAUUAUCGUAAAAACUUUAUAGAAAUUAAAAAAAAGGGAAAUAAUUCUGCUAUUACUAGUACUUAUAUAGAUAAAAAUAAUAUGGUUAUCUUAUUAACUAAUAAAACAAAACAGAGUUUACCCGUAAGACAAAUAGCCUUUGAAUUUAAUAAUAUAUAUAAUACUUAUUCGAUAAAAUAUGAUGAAAUAAAAAAUAUAUCUAAUGAUGCAUUAAAACAAGAAAUUAUAAAUGCUUUAAAAAAAUUAAGUAUAAAAAAGGAGCAAUAUAUAGCAGAAAAUGAAAAGAUCGAUUAUUUUUUACUAGUAAAUAGUAACAGUAAAGUAAGAACAAUUAGACGUAUAUCUUCAAGUAAUAUUAAACAUGUAUAUGCUGAUGCAUUACGAAAUAGUAUUGUUGAAAUAAAUUCUAUAAAUGUUGAUUCUGUUUGUUCAACUUCUGGAGCUAGACACACAUAUUGUUAUGCUAUUAUACUUGAUCAAAUAAAUAGUGAAGAUAAUAUAAAUUAUUUAAAACAAGUAUAUAAAAAUAUAAAUAGUUCACAUACACAUUAUACUUCCAAAUUAGGAAAUGAAAGUUCAGAUAGCCAAUUAUUUAUUCAACCGGUAUAUAUAUUAAGAAAAAAUAUGACAGGAAGUUUUUUAAAAUUUAUUAGAGAUUCAAAAAUUAAUAUGUAUGAUGCAUUUUUAUUAGAUUAUUCUGCAAAUUCCUAUGCUAGUAUUAAUGAAAUAAAAAAUUUGAGUAACUAUUCACAAGAUAAAAAGGAUAUAGCAUUUCUUUCAAACAUUUAUAAAGAUAUUGAAAUUUUAAAUUUUGAAAAAAUUCCCCAAUAUUUUCAACCUAUUAAUGUGAACUGGUUUUAUAAUACAAAAAAAACAUUUUCCUAUAAGCUUUAUAAUUUGUUUAGAAAAAUAACAAAGGGUCAAAUUAUUUUAUCAUCAAUUAUAGGCUUAAUAUUAUAUCCUAAUUUUAAGGAAUAUGGAAAAUUGAAAUAUUUAUAUUUGUCUUCAACUAUUGGUGUAGGAAUUUUACUUACAAGUAUAAAAGAUGUUUUAAUGUUACUUGUUAAUUAG